UGGUGGGGCAGCCUGGUAUAGAGCCCAUUUGCAUGAAACCAAGGACCCUCCUGCAAGUGAUAUCAUUGUAAGAGCCUAGCGAGACUGUACAAGCUCAACCCAGUAAGGAAGCUGGGGCAUUGGAGGGGAAGCGUGAUUCUGAACCUAGAGCCCUGUUCUAUCAGUAUAUUCCUUCUCAGCUGCCUCUGGACUCAAAUCAAGUCGUACAGCAGGAGUGAGCUAUGAACACAAGCUCUAGGAAAUGCCACAAGGUCCUCCUUUGACAUCCCACCAAAGAGGCGCCUUCAGUCCAGUUGCCUUCUCCCUGGGGCUGCUCCUGGUGAUGGCUACUGCUUUCCCUACCCCGGUACCCCUGGGAGAAGAUUUCAAAGAUGGUACCACCUCAAACAGACCAUUCACCUCUCCAGACAAAUCUGAAGAACUCAUUAAGUACAUCCUCGGCAGAAUCUCUGCAAUGAGAAAGGAGAUGUGUGAAAAGUAUGACAAGUGUGAAAACAGCAAGGAGGCACUGUCAGAAAACAACUUGAACCUUCCGAAAAUGACAGAAAAAGACGGAUGCUUCCAAUCUGGGUUCAAUCAGGAAACCUGCCUGAUGAGAAUCACCAUUGGUCUUCUGGAGUUUCAGAUAUACCUGGACUACCUCCAGAACUAUUAUGAGGGUGAUAAGGGAAACACUGAGGCUGUGCAAAUCAGUACCAAAGCACUGAUCCAGCUCCUGAGGCAAAAAGUAAAGCAACCAGAAGAAGUAAGCACCCCUAACCCAAUCACAGGCUCCAGCCUGCUGAAUAAACUGCAGACCGAGAACCAGUGGAUGAAGAAUACAAAAAUGAUCCUCAUCCUGCGAAGCCUCGAGGAUUUCCUGCAGUUCAGCCUGAGGGCUGUUCGGAUAAUGUAGCCAGGACACCUAAGAUCAUUGCAGUUCAUGGGCGUUCCCUUCUCUGGUCAGAAACCUGUCCACUGGGCACAUAACUUAUGUUGUUCUCUGUGAAGAACUAAAAGUAUGAGCGUUAGGACACUAUUUUAAUUAUUUUUAAUUUAUUGAUAUUUAAAUAUGUGAUAUUGAGUUAAUUUAUAUACGUGAUAGAUAUUUAUAUUUUUAUGAAGUACCACUUGAAAUAUUUUAUGUAUUUGUUUUGAAAAAGUAACAUAAAAUGGCUACACGGCUUGAAUGUCCUUGGCUCAGAGCUGGAUCAUUUCUUUGAAUGUGUAGGCUUACCUCAAAUAAAUUGCUAACUUAUAUGUAUUUUUAAAAGAAAUAUUUAUAUUGUAUUUAUAUAAUGUUUAAGUUGUUUUUAUAUCAAUAAACGCCUUUUUAAAAAAAAUUAGCAACUAAGCAUCCGUGUGUAUCCUGUGAAGUUUCAUAUAAACGAGUUUCCAAC